AAAAAAAAAAAAAAAACCUUGACCUUGUAUAUAAUGUUCCCAGGUCGCUGGCCGUGUGCAUGAGUCGUCGCCUUUGUCCUCAUCUUCCAGAUAUAUGGCGAUGCUGCGUAGGCACCUGGUGGUGGCGCUGUUGGUCGUCUUGUCAGCGAGGGCCGCUGCAGUGGAUCCGAACACACUUGCCAAACUAGUCAAUGACAUGCUCCGCAAGUUCCAGGUACAUAGCGGUUUGCCCAUGUUCAGUAUGGCCGUGAGCAUCCCGCCCGGCGUCGUUCCAGGUUCAUACGACCUCAGUCGAGUCCAAGAGUUGGAUGUGAAGAAAACCAUCUUGGACUGCAACGUGUACGAGGGCAACAAUGUGUUGGCCGCAACCGUUCUGAGGUGGCCCGACGUGGCGAUGCAAUGUCCCAGGGCGCAGGUGCCGUGGCAGGAUGUUCUGAGAGCGUGCCGGCAGGAGUCCAUGACGUGGCACGACGUGGCCAUGAAGUGCCCCGGUGCUGUGAAAGACGGCCAGUCGGACCACGCCGAAUACCGGGUCCUCGAGAAGUUCAGCGCCUGGGCUACGAAUAAGGAUAAGUCGGGUCUGUUGGUGUUCUAUGUGUACACGACACCCUGCGAAGCGCGCUGCGCCAAAAGAAAUAACGCCUUGAGCAUCCUCAGAAUGCUACAGGGCAUCCAGGGAUGGAAUGAACACGUGCUCGUCUUCUCCAAAUUAGUGAAACCUAAAAGCGGUACCUCCAUACCCGUCGACAGGCUGAAAAGAGCCCUAUCCGACAUGGGGAAACAUAUAGGCGGCCUGGAAAAUAUCUUUCGCUGUCAGUUUGCCAGCGGUGCCAUGACGUGCAGCAGUUGCUCCACCUUGGGGCAGAUCUCCCCUCAAUGCUACUUGGACGAAGGCGACUUGGAGGGAGUAGGGCAGCCAAGUGGGGCGCAAGGGCCAGUGGGAGGCCAAGGUGUGAUUGGCACGGAGGGACAAGGAGGUAGAGGAGCAGGAGGGUGGGCGCAAAGAGUAGGAGGGGCAGAAGACGAGUGGCAAACAGUGGGGCAAAGAAGAGGUGGAAAUGGGCCAACGCGAGGGCAACAUCAGAGGGGCAAGGUGGCGGUGGGGCGGGCCGAGGACAAACAGGAAAUGGGGCUGCUCAAGGGCAACCCGGGUGGUGGCAAGGUGGCGGUGGGGCGGGACGAGGGCAACACUGGUCGGGGCAAGGUGGGAAUGGGGCAGGAGAAAGAGGAAGAUGGGCCUGAGGUUGUUGAUGACCAACAACUCUUUGUUUGCUAAAUGAUAAGCUUAAGCUGGCAUUAGCACGCUAACGUGACUGAUAUAUAAUGCAAGAAAAUGAUGUAAAAAACAAACAAAAAAAACGACUUGCUCAUCAUUAAAGCUUUAUUUUCACGCCUU